GAAAGCUUGUAAAGACCUCCUCCGGGCUGAAACUGCAGAGUGAGCAAAAGGGGGCCGGCUCACUCUGUGGUCCUGUGGAGAUUUUUGUUGGAGCAUUUUGUUUGCUUGGAAGAAGAACUGGAGAUAAAAGGAGCAAUGCUUUGGAGAAUUUAAACUCAAAAGGAUUAAUUUUGUUUCUUUGGGACUCUCUGGAUUACUGAGACUUUUGUGUUUGAAACUUCAUGUUGGGUUUUUGCUGGUUUGGUGUCCUGACUGGGACUUGUUGAGCAAGGAAGUAACAAACUAUGGCUGAUAUCAGCUGUGUCAUUGCCUAGCAACAGGAGCCCUGCUGACAGGGUCUAACUACGUCAUGUCUAACGGGGGCGGGGCACCCAGCAGCACCACCCACCUGUUGGACUUCCUAGAGGAGCCCAUCCCUGGUGUGGGGACCUACGACGACUUCCAUACCAUCGACUGGGUUCGUGAGAAGUGCAAGGACCGCGAAAGGCACCGAAAGAUCAACAGUAAGAAAAAAGAGUCAGCAUGGGAGUUCACAAAGAGCCUGUACGACGCCUGGUCCGGAUGGCUGGUGGUGACGCUCACCGGCUUGGCCUCAGGUGCUUUGGCUGGCCUGAUUGACAUUGCUGCUGAUUGGAUGAACGACCUGAAGGAGGGCGUGUGUCUGAGCGCCAUGUGGUUCAACCACGAGCAGUGCUGCUGGACGUCCAAUGAGACCACCUUCGCUGAGCGGGACAAGUGUCCUCAGUGGAAGAGCUGGGCUGAGCUAAUACUGGGGCAGGCCGAGGGGCCCGGCUCGUACAUCAUGAACUACUUCAUGUACAUCUACUGGGCGCUGUCCUUCGCCUUCCUCGCCGUCUGUCUGGUCAAAGUGUUUGCACCCUACGCCUGCGGCUCAGGGAUCCCUGAGAUUAAGACCAUCCUGAGUGGGUUCAUCAUCCGGGGCUACCUGGGCAAGUGGACCCUGAUGAUCAAGACCAUCACUCUGGUGCUGGCUGUGGCGUCUGGCCUCAGCCUGGGGAAGGAGGGCCCUCUGGUCCACGUGGCCUGCUGCUGUGGGAACAUCUUCUCUUACCUCUUCCCCAAGUACAGCAAGAACGAGGCCAAGAAACGCGAGGUCCUCUCUGCUGCGUCGGCGGCUGGGGUGUCUGUUGCUUUUGGAGCACCGAUCGGAGGAGUGCUCUUCAGCCUGGAGGAGGUGAGUUACUACUUCCCUCUCAAGACGCUGUGGCGCUCCUUCUUCGCCGCUCUGGUGGCAGCCUUCGUCCUGCGCUCCAUCAACCCGUUCGGUAACAGCCGCCUGGUGCUGUUCUACGUGGAGUACCACACGCCGUGGUACCUGUUUGAGCUCAUCCCUUUCAUCCUGCUGGGAGUUUUCGGAGGCCUCUGGGGCGCCUUCUUCAUCCGAGCCAACAUCGCCUGGUGCCGGCGGCGCAAGUCGACACGCUUCGGAAAGUACCCGGUGUUGGAGGUGAUCUUGGUGGCCGCCAUCACAGCUGUGGUUGCUUUCCCGAACCCGUACACGCGUCAGAACACCAGCGAGCUGAUAAAGGAGCUGUUCACCGACUGCGGCCCGCUGGAGUCCUCGCAGCUGUGCCAGUACCGCAGCCAGAUGAACGGCAGUAAGGCGUUCACCGACAAUCCCAACCGGCCGGCAGGGCCCGGCGUCUACGCCGCCAUGUGGCAGCUCUGCCUGGCGCUCAUCUUUAAAAUCAUCAUGACGAUAUUCACCUUUGGACUCAAGGUGCCGUCGGGUUUGUUCAUCCCCAGCAUGGCCAUCGGGGCCAUCGCAGGGCGAAUCGUUGGCAUCGCCGUGGAGCAGCUGGCGUAUUAUCACCACGACUGGUUCUUGUUCAAAGAGUGGUGCGAGGUGGGAGCAGACUGCAUCACUCCAGGGCUCUACGCCAUGGUGGGGGCCGCCGCGUGUCUGGGCGGUGUGACUCGUAUGACCGUCUCCCUGGUCGUCAUCGUCUUCGAGCUGACCGGUGGGUUGGAGUACAUCGUCCCCCUCAUGGCUGCCGUCAUGACCAGCAAAUGGGUGGGCGACGCGUUCGGCCGAGAGGGAAUCUACGAGGCUCACAUCAGACUGAACGGAUACCCCUUCCUGGACGCCAAGGAGGAAUUCACACACACCACGCUGGCCAGAGAGGUGAUGAGGCCUCGACGCAGCGACCCGCCGUUAGCGGUGCUGACGCAGGACGACCUGACGGUGGAGGAGCUGCAGAGCACCAUCAAUGAAACCAGUUAUAAUGGUUUCCCUGUGAUAGUGUCCAAGGAGUCCCAGAGGCUGGUGGGCUUCGCUUUGCGCAGGGACAUCACUAUCGCUAUAGAAAAUGCUCGUCGUAAACAGGAGGGCAUCAUGUUGAACUCCAGGGUUUACUUCACCCAGCACGCACCCACCCUGCCGGCCGACAGCCCUCGGCCCCUAAAACUGCGCUCCAUCCUGGACAUGAGCCCCUUCACCGUCACCGACCACACCCCCAUGGAGAUCGUGGUGGACAUCUUCAGAAAGCUCGGGCUGCGCCAGUGCCUGGUCACUCACAACGGGAUUGUGUUGGGCAUCAUCACAAAGAAGAAUAUAUUAGAGCAUCUGGAGCAGCUCAAGCAGCACACGGAGCCCCUGGCGGCUACUUGGUAUUAUCACAAAAAAAGAUAUCCUUCGUCACAUGGCUCAAAUGGCAAAUCAAGAUCCCGAGUCCAUCAUGUUCAACUGAUCCGCUCCUUCCAGGACGGCUGGGGGGGAGGGGGAGACGACAGCGAGGAUGAGGAGGAGGUGCGCCUCCUGGAUGGCUCCAAUCUCUGACAUUCGGACCCCGAUGUUUCUUCUUCUUAGUUUUCAGCUUUGUAGACCCUGAACCUCGCAGACUGACGUGGCACAAAGAGACUUACCGGCCACGAGAGAGAAAAGAUAAAGACUUUAUCAUUCUGGCUGCUGAGGACACGCAGAGGUCACGCGUUGACAGCACACACACACACACACACACACACACACACACGAGGAAUGCACUUUUUACACACACACACACACACAAACAAAAUCACAAACACUUUUGCACCUGCAGACACCUCCGACAUGCAUGCUCUCUCUCUCCACAUAACCUGUAAAGCUACACCCGUUUGCACUCUUCACGUGCCUCACCCUUGUCCUGUCUCAGCCGAGGUCCUAGUAGACAUCGCCUGGCAGGGGUCAAAGGUCAGAAUGAACCGCCGAAGUGGGACGCGAUGAGGGACCUUGAAAACCUCCAGGCUUCUGUUCAGAUAAACGUCCUCACCUGCGCCUCCCGCACACACACCGGACCUGUCCGUCCUCCAGAGAAAUACGUUGUUUACCCGUGAAUUUAGUGUGUGUGAGAACGUGUGUGUGUGUGUGUUCCUUAGCGCCUCUACAUUCCAGGCAGGUUACCAUGGCAACUGGUGUGCACCUGCUCCUCACCCCCCCCCAACCCGAAAAUGUUGCGGAAAAGAAUUGGGAUCCCAUGGCUGCUCCCCUGGGUGCACGAUGGUGUGUGUGUGUGUGUGUGUGUGUGUGUGUGUGUGUGUGUGUGUGUGUGUGUGUGUGUGUGUGUGUGUGUGUGUGUGUGUGUGUGUGUGUUGAGAGGGAGUUAGAGAGACAUAGAUGGGUACUGUAUUUCAAGAACAAAAGGAGAAAACUGGAAAAACUAAGACCUUCGUGAGUGUGUUUUCAUUUCUGAGCCAGCUUCAGCUGUGUGUGUGUGUGUGUGUGUGUGUGUGUGUGUGUGUGUGUAGGUGUGUGUAGGUGUGUGUACGUGCAUGUGUGUGAUUCCCAUUGAUUCAUUCAGUGUGAUUGGAGGUCGAGUGCUUACGCAAUGGAAACAAAAGAAGGAAAAAGUGUCUUCUGUGUCACGGGAAACAAAAUAUAUCAAAUUUACUUUUUCUUCUCAAAAUAUUAGGCGUGCUGCUUUUUCACUGUUGAUCUUGAAAUCUUGCUAUAAUCAGUUAAGCUUUUACGACUUGAAGCAAAACAAAACUGGAAAUCUGUAUUGUUAUAAGCGAUCUGUCAAACUGGAGAGGGAUGUUCAUGCUGCACA